AUGCCCGAUUCGACGCCCCAAACUGCCGAUUCAGGAACCCCCAAAGCUGGCGCCCCUAAAGACAAAAAUUGCCCCUUUUGCGGGCAGGCUUUCACCUCUUCUUCCCUAGGUCGCCAUCUCGAUCUGUACAUUAAAGAGAAGAACCCAAAACCACCAGAUGGUGUUCACGAUGUCGAUGCUAUCAAGAAGCUCCGUGGUGGUAUCACAAGGCGACAGGCGCGAGGUUCGUUAGGAGGGAGACGGGAAACCUCAACUCCUGUAGGAACACCAAGAGCACCUGUAAUGAAGGAAACAUCUCUCCCCGAAAACGAGGAUUUCCAGUCACCAGUCAUUUCCAAGAGCAACCAGCUCGUCGUUGAUCAGACUAUGAAAUAUGCGCCUCCUUUCCAACCGACAUGGGAGGCCACUGGCGUCAUGAACGAUAUCCCCAAAAGAGGCCGUUGGGAAGGCGACGCCGCACCCGAGCCACCAAAACGCCCCGGUAUGCAACGGACUGCUAGUAAGCAAGCCAUUCAGAAGGCCCAGUUCGACGUCAAACAAAAAGUUUCCGAUGCCAUGGAUACAGCACGUGCUGCGGAGUUAGCAUUGCGGGAGCUUCUUAGUUCUUGGAGGGCAGCCAAGGUACAACUCGACAAUAACUCGAUGCCAUUCGACUUCGACCCUCUGUCUCUCGACUUCCCUGCGUUGACCCUCCAAUGCUUACAACCUCCUCCAACUCUCUUCUCAUCAACGCAGCAUCCUACAUCGACAUCAUGGUCCGUCCAGUCGCCAGGACAGCGCGAAUUCGAAGCUCUACAGACUUGGUUCGCAGGGCAAUUCAAGGCUUGGAAAGUGACUUGUGCUGCUGCUACCACUGCCGUGAUGGAUGAGUUCAAGUAUCCUCCCACAGCAAACAGUUUCCGAAACCCUCGAGAGUCCGUUCGGAAGGCUGAGAAGGCGGCAGAACAACUGGAGGCGCAAGUGGAUGAGCAUCUUCAAUCGGCGUACGCAGUGUGGGGAACUUUGCCAAUUCAGCGACAGCAAGAGCUUUGGAUCCUCGAAUUGGCUCGAGGUGUGGGAAGAAAGCACAAGGAGGCCGAGAAGAUGAAGGAACAGCAGCACAGACUCAAACAAGAGAAUGCCAAUCUCAAGUCCCAGAUUGAACAACUGAACAAGCUUCAGCAACCGAAAGAGUUCAGGCUCGCGCCACCUGUCACAAUCCCAAUGGAACGAGAACUUCUUGCUCUUUCUUACGAACAGGCCGUGAAGGGUGGAAGGGCUGUUGGUUUCUCCCUCGAGGAUAGCCAGAUUGAUCUUUCAACCCUCGUCUCGAGGUCUAUCGAGCGAUGGAAGAGUGUCAUUGCUUCGUCGAGAGCCAAUGCCAAUGGAAUGAAUGCCCAAAGAUCCUUGGACCAAUCCAGUCAAGCUUCCAAUAGUACAACUGUCAACGGCACUCAAUCUACGCCACAAAUUCAGACACCAUCCCAGCCACAAUUCCAAGCACAACAGCAGCAGCAGCAACAACAAUUACAACAACCUCAGCGACCUCAACUUUCUAAGCGUCCUUCGACCACCAGUGUUAAUGGCGCAACCAGCGAACAUACCACCGCCUCAACCGCUACGACCGACCCAUCUUCCACUGCUGAGAAUAGCGAUCAAGAUGCCGAUGCAGAAAUGGAAGACGAUGAUAGCUUUGCCAUGGUCAACCCUUCUCCGAUCAAACCACAACAACCUAUUCAGCAGCAAGCAUCCCUCGAGGUGCCACGUACACGUCCUAUGCAGCAGCAACGUAAUGCACAGUUCAUGAUGCCCAACGGUGCAGGAAGUCCUGUCAACCGUGCCGCAAUCAAUUUGAGCCGCUCUAUGCCUAACAUGAAUAUGGCGAUGCAAAAUGCAGGCAUGCACGGAGGAGAUAUAGCCAUGGCAAUGCAGGGAGUCCGUGGGGAUGCCAUGUAUCUGGAAUAG